AUGUCUUUACAAAUUAUUGUAAUCGGAGCUACCAACGUUCCCAAUCCGGAAACGUUUGGAGAAUGCGAUCCGUACGCAUCUAUAACUUUUCUAGGCCAAAAGAAAAAAACUGAAGUUGUAAAAUCGGAAAUAAAUCCCAAUUGGAAUCAGACAUUGGAGUUUGAUUUACAAGGUGUACCAGCUAAAAGUACAGAUGAGGUCACGAUAGAGGUAAAAGAUUGGGAAAGAGUUGGUAGAAACAGAUUAUUGGGUUCGGUCAAAUUUAAACUAAAUGAAUUAACAAAAGGAGGUGUUCAGUCGAAGUCCAUGACACAAAAUCUAUUGGAUGCUAAUAAUAGACCACAUCAGUCACAAAUUAAAUUAAAAGUAACGUAUGCUCCACCUGCUGGUAAAGGUGGUGGUAGCGGGUCACAAACAGAAGGUUCACAAGGAAACCCAGAAUUUCUCUAUUUUUUGGUCAAUAAAUAA